UAGUUGGGUGUGGGAAUGGAUAUAUUUUCUGGCUGUAAAGGAAGACUGCUAUCCCACUGUGCUAUCUGCUGUUUUUGCACUGAGGAGGUUGAGGAAAAGAAGGAGCAGGAGAUAAAGGAGGAGGAGGAUGCUUCAGCUAAUGCUAAUAAUUCAAGUGUGGCCAUGGAACAUGGAGAGGAAGAAGAGGCAAAACCAAAGCCAAAAAGUUUUCUUCCACCCAUGGUGCCUCCCAAAAUACCGGAUGGGGAGAAAGUUGACUUUGAUGAUAUCCACCGUAAGCGCAUGGAGAAGGACCUGACAGAGCUCCAGUCCCUAAUUGAGUCACACUUUGAGAAUCGCAAAAAAGAAGAGGAGGAAUUAAUCGCCCUAUCCAAUAGAAUGGAAAAACGACGAGCAGAAAGAGCAGAGGAGCAGAGAAUCCGCGCAGAAAAAGAACGAGAGCGUCAGAACAAGCUGGCAGAAGAAAGGGCACGGAAAGAGGAAGAAGAAGCAAAGAAAAAAGCUGAGGAUGAUGCCAAGAAAAAGAAGGUUCUGACUAGUUUACAGUUCACCGGAUACAUGCAGAAGACAGACAAGCGAGGAGCACCAAGGAAACAAACAGAGAGAGAGAAGAAAAAAAAGAUUCUUAGUGAGCGGCGUAAGGAGCUCACCGUUGAAGACCUGAAUGCUGAGCAGCUCAGAGAGAAAGCCAGUGAACUUUGGAAGUGGAUGUACCAACUUGAGGCAGAGAAAUAUGAACUACAAUACAAAUAUACACGUCAGAAAUACGAGGUCACUGUUCUGAGAAACAGGGUCAGCGACCACCAGAAAAAUACCAAAGGGCCCAGGAGCAAGAGAGGUUUGAGAAAAUAGAAGGUCGUCACCAGUGAAACGUGCCAAUGUGGAAAAUGUGGCCUUUAUUCAUGACCUUCUAGAGAACAAACAUGGUGGUCUCAGGCACAAUUAAGAUAAAAAAGUGUAGAAAGAAACUGGCAUAUGAUUACAUUUGAUUCCAAGAAAUGUAUAUUCUUCGUAAAGAUAAUUUGUUUUUUUAAAUUUAGUAAUAGGUUCACAGACCUAAAUCUUAAUCUAAACAACUUGUGCAGCUUCUGAUCAUAAGAACUUCACUAGUUUGACAAGUGUGACCAUAUUCAUAUUAGUAACUACACAUCCAUAAUUACAGUUGAACCAGUUCAACAAGAAACCAAUAAAUCAUAUUGAAAGGUGUUA